AAGCCAGCCGGUGCGAUCGUGGCGCUGGUGGAGUGGAGCAGCGAGAGCCGCAUGUAAAUGAACCACGGCUGCUGUUGUCACCUGAGGAUCUGGAGGGCUAAAUUCACCGCCCCGUCUUCCUCGUCGGAGAGUUGACUUUUUAACGUUGGGAGUGGGGGGUUAUAGAAAGGCUGAACAGCACUCCUGUGAGGGAAACCUUGCCUGGCUAAUCGCUUUUUUCGCGGCUGCUGUGUUUCGCUACAACACGAAGAGCUCCUCUCUGCCUCCCCCUGGUGACCAUGCGAAGUGUGAGCGCAGUGGUCCUGGCACUCGCCGCUGCCGCCCUCAGCUCGGCAGACUCGGACAUGCACCGACCGCGACACGACUCCAACCUGGAGAUCUACAAGCGGCUGUUUGAGACCAAACGGAAAGAUCAACUGAACGCACUCAAGAAUCUAGUAGAGCUGAACGACAUCAACCAGCAGUACAAGAUCAUAGACAUCAUGCUCAAAGGGCUUUUCAAGGUGUUGGAGGACUCAAGACAGAUCCUGGUGGCGGCCAACAUGCAGCCUGAUGACCCCUUCCCCAUGGAUGAUAAGAUCAAAGAAGCUUAUUCCCAUGUUGUUGAGAAUACAGCGUUUUUUGGCGACGUGGCUCUGCGUUUCCCACGUAUCGUCCACCACUACUACGACCGCAACACAGACUGGAGUGGUCUGCUGCGCUGGGGGCUGAAUUUCUGCAACCAGACGGGAGUUUUCACAGGAGGAGCCCACCAGCAUGUGCUCACACUUAUGUCACAAGAGCUGGGAAUAACUGAGAAAUCCCCAGACUUCAUAAACCCAUACCGCACAGAGAGAGACGACGUUCUUCAUACUGCUGAAGCUUUCCAGAAAAUCCUGAGGGAAGAGGAGAAGAGGAGGAGGAAGGAGGAGAAGAGGAAAGAAAUCAGGAAAGGCCCUCGUAUUUCCCGCUCUCGCAGCGAGCUAUAGCACUAAACCUCAGUGCCUGUGAGAAUCGUAAGAAGGAAGCGUGCAUACAGUCAACAAGCAGCGGCUUGACUUGUGGACUGUGAUGACGGUGAAGGCAACAAAAGCUGCUGUCACUU